CGGCGGCGGCGCGCGGCGGCAGACUGGUGCAGCGCGCGGCGCUCACGGCGGGAUCGCCUCCUCCUCGUCCACCUCCUCUUCCUCCUUCUCGUCCUCCUCCUCCCGGGAGGCUUGACUGUACCUUCUCCUCCGCCCGGCUCGUCGCGGCCGCUGCAUCCCCGCCGCCGCGGUGCCCCGAGGAGGAGGAGGAGGAGAAGACGCAGCUGGGCCGCCGCCGUUAGAGGGGUCCCCGGCUGCCGCUGGCUCGGCCGUCGCCUCGCAGGUCAGCCCUCCCGCGGGGUCUCCGCUUCCUCCUCCCAACGCCGCCAGCGCCCGCUCACCGCCGCGAUGGGGCUCCUGGACUCCGAGCCGGGCAGUGUCCUGAACGCGGUGUCCACGGCGCUCAACGACACCGUGGAGUUCUAUCGCUGGACCUUGUCCAUCACAGAUAAGCGUGUCGAAAAUUGGCCUCUGAUGCAGUCUCCACUGCCUACACUUUGUAUAAGUACCCUUUACCUCCUGUUCGUGUGGCUGGGUCCAAAAUGGAUGCAGGACCGAGAACCCUUCCAGAUGCGUUUAGUGCUUAUUAUAUAUAAUUUCGGAAUGGUUUUGCUUAACUUUUUUAUCUUCAUAGAGUUAUUCAUGGGAUCAUAUAAUGCAGGGUAUAGCUAUAUUUGCCAGAGUGUGGAUUAUUCGGAUAACGUUCAUGAAGUCAGGAUAGCUGCUGCUCUGUGGUGGUACUUCAUAUCUAAAGGAAUCGAGUAUUUGGACACAGUGUUUUUUAUCCUGAGGAAGAAAAACAACCAAGUCUCUUUCCUUCAUGUAUACCAUCACUGUACUAUGUUUACAUUGUGGUGGAUUGGAAUUAAGUGGGUCGCAGGGGGACAAGCAUUUUUCGGAGCCCAGCUGAAUUCCUUCAUCCAUGUGAUUAUGUACUCAUACUACGGGUUAGCUGCCUUUGGCCCAUGGAUUCAGAAGUAUCUUUGGUGGAAACGAUACCUGACCAUGCUGCAGCUGGUUCAGUUCCAUGUGACCAUCGGGCACACAGCACUGUCCCUUUACACCGACUGCCCCUUCCCCAAAUGGAUGCACUGGGCUCUCAUCGCCUACGCAGUCAGCUUCAUAUGUCUCUUCCUUAACUUCUAUGUUCGGACGUACAAAGAGCCUAAGAAAGCAAAAACUGGAAAAACAGCUGCGAAUGGUAUUUCAGCAAACGGUGUGAACAAGUCAGAAAACCACCUAGUGGUAGAAAGUGGAAAAAAGCAGAAAAAUGGAAAAGCAAAAGGGGAGUAAAGAGAACUGGGCCUUACCUGGUGUUGACAGUGAGAAAGUUCCCACUUCGUAUAAGAUUUCAAGGAAAACAGAAGCAAAUGAGGGUUUGAGGGUGGGGAGAAAAAGACAAAUGUGCUCUAUGUAUUAGUAACCUUUAGAUUGAGUAAAGUGUUAAAUACAACACCCAGAUGUUUUAUUUAUGAAGUUUUUAUUUUAAACUUUUUUUUUAUUAGCCUUGAUGUCAGACCAAAGCAAUCAUCACGUGACUUUGGAGGCCCCUCCCCGUGUUCACAUUUGUGUGUCUGAUGCAUGAGAUUUUUCAUGUCUCUUAAUUUUUCAGUCCGAUGAUCACAGAAACAUGGUCUUUAUAGAUUUUUCUCUUUUCUUUUUCUUUUCUUUUCUUCUUCUUUUUUUUUUUUUUUUUUGGCUAAAUUGCUACUUAUCUACUGAUGAAAAUCAGUUACCUUACAUUUUCUGGUCCCAAACUGGAAAUGCAGAUACUUUAAAAUGUGCACAUUUGAAUUCAUUUGCUGACUGGAAUUGUCGAAUCUCUCCACCUCUAGUCUGAAGAUACCCUUUUGGCUGGAAUUUAAUUUUAAAAGUCUGAUGAUCUCUGUAGACUCUUAGAGGCUUGAUGAUGAUGGUGUUGGUGAAAAUAAGAAUUAUAGUAAAAUCCUGUCCAGCAACUCAAAGGUCACCAUGACCUGCAGCUACAAAUUUGCUACAAAUCACUGUGGGAAACAAUUUUUGUGAUGAAAAGGCAGCCUUUCAAUACUCCUGUUACUACCAUAUAUAUAUAUAUAUUAUAAAAAUUGAGAUUAUUGUCUGAUUGGAAAAUGAAACAAUUCAUGUCUCUAUUAGUAACAUCAUAAAGUAGUUACUUUUAUGUGCUGUUAGAAGAGAGUAUGUUGAUUUUUAUCAGGCUUUCCUUGUUUUGAUUUGUGGCUAUUACUGAUUUUUCAUAUGUGGAAAUAUACCUACCUCUUCUGUUGGAAAGAACAUUUAAAAUUAAAUAAAUUUUAAUUAAAAAAAUCAAGGAGUCCUCUAAUGUAAAUUUUAAUAUUAACAUUCAAAUUCACUAACAUUGUGGUUUUGGGGGGUUUUUUUGGUUUGCUUUUUUGUUUCUGUUUUUUGUACAAAUAACAAACAGCAAGCUUUUCUGUGAUACUGUCCUUCUCUUUUAAUGUGUUUAAUUUUGGAGUGAUAUUUUUCUUGUGACAAAGUUGCAAGAUCUUAUUUGUAACUAGAUGUGAAGUGUAAACCCAUUUUGGUGCAAUAUUCUUGACUCCUUGGUGCUAAAGAUCAUUAAAUUCAGUGUUUGAUUGUUACAAAGUGUUAAUUGCUAAGACAUAAAAUGAAUAAAAGUGAGAGUAGCCAGAACCAGAAAAUUAAAUUUGCUCUUUGCAAAUGAAGUAUCUCAUGUAAUGUGAAAAAAACUGGAAAUUCACUAGGAAAGAACUUGUACCCUAUCUUAUUACAUAGGUUAAAUUGUUAGUGGGUAUUGCACAGGGAUCAUUAGAGAAAAUGUGACAAAAAAAAACAACAAAAAAAAGGCAUGAAUAUUUCUAAGUAUCUUUAAUAAGUCAGAACUGCAUGUGCAGAAUGUAAUGCUGUUUGUGCAGACUAUUUCAGAAUAUUUUGUAAACUAUAAAAUAUUUAUUGAGCAUUAAAAUCACACCCCCCCCACCACCCCGCCAAGGCAUGCAGACAUGAGAAUUACAGAAAAUUUGCAACACGUCUAAUAGUUUGGUCUAAGAGGAUUCAACACAUUUGUUUUUGCUGCUCAGUGUGUAAUGACUAGAGAUUUGUAAAUCUUUGUGAACUUUCUGUACUGCUUCCCCAGAGCUAUUCAUUCCCUGCUACCUGAUUUUAGCACAAUAAAUAUACUACUGCUGUGGGAAAAAAUAA